AAUCUCUACUCGUUCCUUGUCCUUCUGUCUUGCAUCCUCCUUGGUCGUUGAGCGAUCAAUCAUACAUUCUUUACAAUAUUAGCUAGCUAUCCCUUGCGUAUUCCUCUCAUUCUUCAAACACUCCAGCCAGGCAAUAAAGUGUUUAUAUACAACCAGUCCUUUCCGUCUAGCUUUUCCCAUCCUCCAGCAAUCGAUCACUGAAUUGAUCACCAGCACCAUGCCAAACCUCGCCAUGAAAACGUCCGCCAUUCUUUCCGUCCUCCCAACCCUCACCUCCGCCCUCGUCGGAGUAGAAUGGAGCGUCACAGGGGCCCCAUCCACCGGCCUCACAGACAUUACCUUCCCGAUAUCCAUCGCCAACGCGCCCCACGAAACAGGCUUCUACUUUGCCCAGCAAUACGGCUUCCACGGCCUCUCUGACAUCGGAUACACAGGACUCCAACCCCGUCCUGACACCACCACCGGUACUAGCAUCAUCCACGCCGUGUUCUCCAGCUUCGUGCCCGGAUCCACCAGCUCCGACGACAACUGCAGCGACGGCGCAGACGGUGGCGAAGGAGUGAGCUGCAGCGUCGAGAUCCCUGCCCCCUAUGACCGCACUUACCACUUGGUGGUUGAGAACGAGCAGGGGACUACAACCUGGACAGGGACGCUGGUCGAUACCCAGGAUGGAAACUCUACGCAUAUCGGCUCGUAUACGUUGCCUCAGGGCGCUGGCGGGAUCACGAACUCGCAGGUCGGGUUUGUGGAAUAUUAUCCAUGGAACGCACAGCCCAGUCAUACGUGUGACUCGUUGCCUGCGACGAAUGCGAGCUUUUGGGAUCCGAUCUCUUCUGUUGAGGGGGUUGAGGGAUCCGUUGGAAAGCCGUAUGAGUAUGGAGACUGUGUGGGCAAAGCUAAUUUCGAUGUGCAGGAGAUAGAGGAAGGAUAUGAGGUUUCUGUUGGUUUCUAAAUUGGGUUGAUCUACGAUGCAGAUCCUGUAUAUCUAGAGUAACAGACAGAGUAUCAUUGAAGCGAAAUAUCAUAUCCAUGCUUGCUAGCC